CUCAUAGCUGGGAGUGAGUUCACCUUUGCAGUGGGAGAUACAGACAGCCACACAAACGUUUAGAAAGGCAUUUUCAUCCCAGACCCUGCAGGAGAUAGAUGAUAGAAGUCUCAGACGAGCUGAUCCAGGACCCAGGACCUUGUCAACAUGCGUGUGGACCUGGUGGUGGUGUGUGUGGCCUCUGUGGCUCUCUCUCUCCCCGCUCUCUCAACAUGUGACCCACUCUUUGUGAUGUCAGCUCCUAACCUCCUGAGGGUGGGAAGUCCGGAAUAUGUGUUUGUGGAGGCCCAAGACUACAAGAAUCAAGAUCCACUACAAGUCAAAAUUGUGGUCAGCAAAUUCCCCAGCAAGGAUGUCAUUGUGGAGAAAACUGUGACACUUACAAAACCAGGCAACUUUAGGAAAAUCGAACAAAUCAUUAUUCCCCCCACAGACUUUGUCAAUGUUGAAAAAGAAUUUGUAUAUCUGCAAGCUUUUUUCCCAAACCAUGUGCUGGAGAAAGUGAUUCUCCUGUCUUUCCAAAGUGGAUACAUAUUUCUACAAACUGACAAAACCAUAUACACGCCUUCAUCCACAGUUUAUUAUCGGAUCUUUGCCCUCACUCCAGAUUUGAAGCCAACAGAAACUUCUGUGCAAGUGGAUAUUAUGAAUCAAGAUGGAAUUUUAAUGUCUCAAGAAUCCAUAACCCUCAAAGAUGCAAAGGGAAUGUUAAGUCGAUCCUACCCUAUUCCAGAACUUGUCAGUUUUGGGACCUGGUCUCUCGUGGCAAGAUUCAGUAACACCCCACAGAAAACCUUCACUGCACAGUUUGAGCUUAAAGAAUAUGUUCUGCCCAGCUUUGAGAUCAUAUUGACGCCAAGGAAAACGUUUUACUAUGUGAAUGAUGAUAACCUGGAGAUCGAUAUAAAAGCUCGGUAUUUGUAUGGCAAAGAAGUGACAGGAAUGGCUUUUGUGAUGUUUGGAGUAUUGAUCGAUGGUCAAAAGAGGAGCCUACCACAUUCACUUCAGAGAGUAAAGGUCACAGGUGGGGCGGGCAGCGCUACUCUACGGAAAGAGCACAUUACCAGUGUUUUCCCUAAGGUGGAUGACAUUGUCCAUUCUUCGAUAUACGUGCAAGUCAGUGUGUUGACAGAAACAGGAAGUGAAAUGGUGGAGGCAGAAAAAAGAGGCAUUAUGAUCGUCAAGUCUCCUUACACCAUUAAUUACAAAAGGACCCCAACAUACUUCAAGCCAGGGAUGCCCUUCAGUGUAAUUGUCUACGUAAGCACACCUGAUGCAUCCCCUGCAGGGGGGAUUAAAGUGGCUUUCAAAUGGAAUGAGAUGAAGGAAGUGGUGACAACACAAAAUAACGGCAUCGCUGAACAUGCCAUAAACACGGAAGCUAACUGGCAAUCACUGCAAAUUACGGCAACGACCAUGGACACUGACCUGAGAGAAGACAGACAGGCUACCCAGGACAUGAGAGUGCAGCCAUAUCAAACUAAGGCUGGGUCCAAGAACUAUCUACACAUUAAAGUUAAUGCAGGACAUGUGGGACUAGGAGACAGGAUCACUCUGAACUUCAACCUUCAAGUCAAUUUCGAACAGCCCCAUGAGAUCACUUACCUGAUCUUGAGCAGGGGGAAACUUGUGGAAACAAACGGGAUCAUAAGACAGGGUCAGACUGUACUGUCUAAGGACUUAAUUGUGACCAAGGACAUGGUCCCUUCCUUUCGUAUUGUGGCGUACUACCAUGUGGGCUCUGAGGUGGUGUCUGACUCAGUCUGGGUGGACGUGGAGAACACCUGCAUGGGAAAGCUCAAGGUAGAAGUCAUUCCUAAAGAUACAAGAUACAAGCCCAAAGGGAAACUCAGCCUGAAGAUCUCUGGAGACCCUGGGGCCAAAGUGGGUCUGGUGGCCGUGGAUAAGGGAGUCUACGUCCUCAACAACAAGCACAGACUCACUCAGAGCAAGGUCUGGGACACUGUUGAGAAACUCAAUACUGCCUGCACCGCUGGCAGUGGUAAAGACAGUAUGGGGGUUUUCUAUGAUGCUGGACUGGUGUUUGAGACCAAUGCUGCAGGAGGAACAGCAGUCCGGCAAGCACCCACCUGUCAGACCCAGGUCAAAAGGAAACGACGAGCUGUCACUAUAAUGGAGGUCCAAACCACAGCAGCCAAAAAUUAUUUUGGAGAGGAGAGGCAAUGUUGCGUUGAUGGGAUGAAGAAGAACAUACUGGGCUACUCCUGCGAGCGCCGCGCCGAGUUCAUCUUGGACGGCCCAAAAUGCAAAGUGGCCUUCCUGAAGUGCUGUGAGAUUAUUUCUAAACACCGUGAUGAGGAGAGGGACGACAUCCUCCAGCUGGCACGCAGUGAUCUUCAGGAAGAUGAUGACCUGUUGGAUGAGUUAAUUCAAGAUUUAACAUCACGUUCAAAUUUCCCUGAGAGCUGGCUUUGGAAAGAUGUGCCCUUUGACAAAUGCUCAAAAGAAAACUGUGAGAAGACUGAAAUUGGUUAUUUCCCAGACUCAAUAACAUCCUGGCAACUUAGUGCUAUCAGCCUCUCUGACAAUGGUAUUUGUGUGUCAGACACACUGAGUAUGGAGAUCAAUGUGGACUUUUUCAUGGACUUGAAGUUACCUUACUCUGCUGUGCGACAUGAGCAGAUUGAGAUCAGGGCCAUCAUUCAUAACCAGUUGCAAGAAUCCAUGAAUGUGCGAGUGGAGUGGUACAGUACUAAAGGCGUUUGCAGUGUUGCCUCCCAAUCUGGCAAGUACCGGACCACAGUACAUGUGGAUGAGAUGUCGACCCUUGCAGUGCCUUUUGUGAUUGUACCCAUCGGUGAGCCAGGCAAAUAUAUCAUUGAGGUGAAGGCGAUCGCAAUGGUGAAUGGUCAAUAUGUUACUGAUGGAAUCAAGAAGGACUUGCUGGUAGUGAGUGAAGGUGUUCGUGAAAAAGUUUCACAAACAAUUGUGUUGGACCCCAAUGGUGGAAUCCAGACAAAUACAAUCCCUGCUAUAGACUCAAAACGGAAAGUACUUGACAGCCCAGCGAAUACAUACAUCACAGUUCAAGGUGAUGACUUGGGUGUUACCAUUGAGAAGGCCAUCAGUGGAGAGGUCAUGAAGAACUUAAUCCGACAGCCAUCUGGGUGUUCUGAACAGAAUAUGGCUUACACAACCAUGCCCGUCAUUGCAGCCCAUUACCUGGACAAAACCAAGCAGUGGGAUACAGUGGGUGUUGAUAAACGUGAUACGGCUAUCAACUUUAUUAAAAAAGGCUAUAACAAUCAGGUUUCCAAUCACCGCAAACCAGAUGGAUAUUAUGCAGUAUACACCAAUACACUCCCUGGAACAUGGCUCACAGCUUAUGUAGCUAAAGUCUUCUCCAUGGCCAGUGACAUCAUCAGCGUUGACAACAAUGUGAUCUGCAGCGCCCUCAGGUGGCUGAUCUUGAACAGGCAGCAGCCAGAUGGCAUCUUCAUGGAGAGGGCUGUUCUUCGUUAUAUAGAUUCAGGGGAUGUCUUUGGGACGGAUUCGGAUGCUUCCAUGACCGCAUUUGUCCUGAUAGCCAUGCAGGAGGGCUCCCAGAUCUGCAAUAGCUUUCAGAGAAGCAUGGAUAGCGCUGUGCGGUACUUGACGGGGGAAAUUCAUGCACUGAAAAAUCCUUACGCUGCAGCCAUGGUGUCCUAUGCUCUGGCCAAUGCAGGAAAACUGGACAAGAGCAUUCUUUACAAGUUCUCCCAUGAUGAUGGCACUCACUGGCCUGUCAGGGGAAACCAUCUCCUCACCGUGGAGGCCACUGCUUACGCCCUGUUGGCCCUGGUCAAGAUGAGGGAGUUUGAGAGGGCAGCACCCGUCGUGAAGUGGCUGAAUGAACAGAGAGGGUCUAUGGGAGGAUAUUCCACCACACAGCCCACCAUAAUGGUGUUCCAGGCCUUGGCGGAGUACAGAAUCCACGCUCCAGAAGCGCCAGGCAAAGACCUUCAGGUUGAAAUUAGUACAUCAGGGAGAAGUGGAUCAGUCACAUGGACUUGGGGGAAGGGAAAUGCGUUUCAAACCCGCUCAGAUAAGUUUGGACUCGAUGAAGAAUUAACAAUCACAACCAAAGGAAAAGGCAAAGGCACUGUCUUUGUGGAGCACAUAUACUAUGCUACACCAAAAGAAAAAAAUCUGGAAUGUGAACAGUUCUCCCUGAAUGUAACCUUGAUGAAAAAGGCCAAGGUUGAGGCCCAAGACAGUUAUCAAGCCAAAGAGACUUAUCAACUCACCAUUGAUGUACAGUUUUUGGGAAAUAAGGACUCCACCAAUAUGCCUAUCCUGGAUGUCAGCAUUCCAACUGGAUUUGAGGUAGAUAAGGCAGACCUCUUCAAGCUGCAGGAAGGAAAAGACCGCUACAUUCAGAAUUGGGAAAAAGACAACAAGCUCUCAGAGAGAGGUUCCAUUAUCAUCUAUCUUCCUAAGGAAUGUGCUGCAAACAGAAGAAGACAUUCGAGGAAUUGCAGGACCGUGCAAAGAGAGCCUGUGGAAAAGAAAUUGAUUACAUUUUCAAGGGCACUGUUCAAGAAAUACAACCUUCCUCCGCAACAGACGUUUUCAAUAUCAAGGUGGAUAGCAUGCUCAAAUCUGGCACAGAUGGCCGCAUGAUCAAUGGGACUGAACGUCUUUUCAUUGCCCAUACAACCUGCAGGGACAAAAUGGACCUGCAGGUCACCAAAAGCUACCUGAUUAUGGGAGCAAAGCAGGAUGUUCACAAAGUUAAGGACGGGUAUCAGUUUGUGUUUGGUGAUAAAACCUGGAUAGAGUACUGGCCAAAAGAGACAGAAGGCCAAAAGCCAGAGUUUAGUGAACAGUUUCAGCAACUCCAUGUUCUUGCCUUUGAACUCAUGAACUUUGGCUGUAGUUUUUGAUGUCAAAAUGUCCAUGAGUUGGCUUAACCAAUGAAGCUCUGUCACCAAUGUUUUUCAUUUUGCUGAUGCAUAAUAUUAUGUCUUGUGAAUAAAUGUGAAAGAGUUGUCCUACCAUAUCACAAAUGAUCUCAAUAAAGAAAGAUCGUUGCCAAUUAUCUCAAUAAAACCUGUUGGAUUGAGA